AUGGAGAGGCCAAAUGCAAACGUUAAGAAAGGGCCAUGGACUGCUGAAGAAGAUGAGGUACUGAUAAGUCAUGUGAAGAAAUGUGGUCCAAGAGAUUGGAGCUCCAUUCGAUCCAAGGGCCUUUUGCCACGAACUGGAAAAUCAUGUCGUCUCAGAUGGAUUAACAAGCUUAGACCCAACUUGAAGACUGGAAGCAAGUUUUCAGCAGAGGAAGAGAGGAUGGUGAUACAACUGCAAGCACAAUUCGGGAACAAGUGGGCGAAAAUCGCAACAUAUUUGCCAGGGAGAACAGAUAAUGAUGUGAAAAAUUUCUGGAGCACGAGACGGAAGCGGUUCGAGAGGAUUUUGCAGAAAUCAACAUCACUACAGUCCCAGAACAACAAAGGGAAGAGCCCUCUUGUCCAUCAUGAAUUACCAGAGGUUCCUCCUGAUCCAUGCAGUUCUGCUAUUGAGGAGGUCACAUCAUGCUUCAACAAUGAAACCCACAAUUGCUUUUCAAAUUCUCAAAAGUUCAGAAUGGUGCCCCUGCCAGAUUUGGUAAAACCAUACCUGCUAAAUGUGGAAGCAGAGCAGCCAAUACUUGAGGCCACGCCCCUUAAUAUGAUCUUGCCGAUUGAUUCCCCACCACACUACUCUCUGUCUCAGCUCCCUCAGCCCCAACUGGACCUUCCAUUUUUGUCAGAAUGCAAGGAACUUGACCAAGACCCUAUGGCUCCCGACUUGUUGGACAUGUUUGGGCAGGAGGUUACUGAAUGUGAAAUUGGCCAGAAGUUCUUUAAGGAGAAUGCUGUAAGUACAAAGCUAGGAGAAGUAAAAGACCUUUCGAUCCCCAACUUUGUUUUCGAUGAUUUCCCACCGGAGAUGCUUGAUUAUCUUGAAACACUUACGAGCUCGUCGGAGUUAUAA